CCCGCCGGGGGUUGCUCGCCGUCCCGCCGGUGAACCCCCCCUCUCCCCCCCCCUCUUCCCGCCGCGUUCCCGGCGCCCCGGGAAGGGGUGUGACGCCGGGGAGGCGUCGGGGAGCGGGGUGAGAGCUCCGCAGAGCCGGGACGUUUCCGUUACUCCGCGCGGGGCGGGCGGGAGGACGCGCUGUAUCCCUCGCGCGACAGCUGAGGAGAAAAUUAAGCGUUUCCACGCGUGUUUCUGCCUAGCGCUACCGGUACCGGCCCCGGGAGGGGAGCGGCGGGGUCCCCGGGGCCGUGCCCGUCGCCGCCGGCCGGGGACGGGGAGCGGCUGCGGGAGCUUUUUGCGUGAGGAGAGGGAAGGAAGGACCUACUGCAGCUCUGUGAUUGCUGAUCCAUGCUCGACUGCCUCAAGGGGUCCUGGCAAGAUGGCAUCUUCCAGACUUCUCAUCCUUCUAGCACUGGCAUUUUCUUCUUUGUCCUUUGUUCUUUCCCAUUCAAACAGGGAAAUGUGGUUUCAGGAUUUCUUUCCACCUAACAUGUGCCCUAUAAAUGCCAAAGCCAACACUUUUUAUGGCAUAAUGUUUGACGCAGGAAGCACUGGAACCCGGAUUCACAUUUACACCUUUGUGCAGAACAGCCCAGAAGACCUUCCAGAGUUGGAAGGGGAAAUCUUUGAAUCUGUGAAGCCAGGUCUUUCUGCAUAUGCUGAUCAGCCUGAAAAGGGUGCUGAAAGUGUCAAAAAAUUGUUGGACAUGGCCAUAGAUGCUGUGCCACCUCAUCUCUGGAAGAAGACCCCAGUAGUGUUAAAAGCCACAGCUGGACUGCGCUUGCUGUCAGAGGAGAAAGCUCAGGCUCUGCUUUUAGAGGUGAGAGAAGUCUUUGAGGAAUCACCAUUUCUUGUUCCAGAGGACAGUGUUAGCAUCAUGGACGGGUCUCAUGAAGGAAUUUUAGCCUGGAUCACUGUGAACUUUUUGACAGGGCAGCUGUCUGGCCAGAACCAGCACACUGUUGGGACUCUGGACUUGGGAGGAGCCUCAACCCAAAUCACAUUCCUGCCACAGUUUGAGGAAACUUUGAAGGAAACCCCUGGUGAUUUUCUUACCUCAUUUGAAAUGUUUAACAGCACGUACAAGCUCUAUACCCACAGCUAUUUGGGGUUUGGACUAAAAGCUGCCAGACUAGCAACGCUCGGAGCUUUGAAUAUGGAAGCUGUGGAUGGGCAAAUGUUCCGCAGUUCUUGUUUGCCAAAGCAGCUGGAGGCAGAGUGGCACUUUGGGGGAGUGAAAUACCGCUAUGGUGGCAACAAAGAAGGAGAAACAGGAUUCAAGCCUUGCUACUUGGAAGUUCUCAAGGUUGUCAAAGGAAAACUGCACCAACCAGAUGAGAUUCGUGGAAGUUCAUUCUAUGCUUUCUCCUACUACUAUGAUCGCGCAGUUGACACCAACCUAAUUGAUUAUGAACAGGGAGGUGUCCUGGAAGUGAAAGAUUUUGAAAGAAAAGCCAAAGAAGUCUGUGAUAACAUGGAGAGGUACAACUCAUCCAGUCCCUUCCUCUGCAUGGAUCUCACUUACAUCACUGCUUUACUAAAGGAAGGUUUUGGAUUUAGGGACAACACGCUCUUACAGUUAACAAAGAAAGUGAACAACAUAGAGACAAGCUGGACUUUGGGUGCUACCUUUCACCUGCUGCAGUCUCUGGGGCUAACCUAUUGAGCUGUGACAUUCCCGUGGACUUCAGCAUUUCUGAAAGGCUGAGAAAGCAAAGCAAACUGAAAUCUCCAGGUACGUUGUUCAGCUGGAAUUGGUCACGAAGCAGAACGUGGACCUCAGCUAUAGAACAGAUCUUCAACCCGGAUUGGCAUCGUGAAUAAUGGGAGUUGCCAUGGUAUGAUUUAUAAUUGUGAUUGCCAUAAAUGAUCCAGGAGCUGCCUUCUGAAAGUCAAAAGGCCUAAACUCCAGCAGAGUAUCCGCAAGGGGCUCAAAACCAGUUUCACCAGCACGUUUGUCUAGCGUCCCUUUGCUAGAAGCACAGAGUACCUGGGACAAGGUGGCAGGCUACAGACACGUGACUUCCCCUCCCCCUUUUAUGUUAAACAUACAUAACUUAAGUUUUCUUGUGACAUGUUAAGUACAGAAAUUAAAGGUAGUAUCAGCAAUCGUUCAGAGAAAAGUGAACGACUCUGGGUGCUCCCAGCCUCAGCGUUUCAAGUACCUGGCUGUUGGUUUAGCUAAUCCCUUGCAAGAAGACUCCAGUCUUUCAAGAAGGGGCCUGCUAUAAGCACACUUUGGGCAUGGUUUUGGGAAAGGUGUUGGCUAAAGCAUAGGUUGUAACUUACCAAGCAUUUCUCCGGGCAGCAGUCAUUUCCUAAGCAGAAUGUGUUCCUGACUGUGUGCGUUCCUUUUUGCUGCCCUUUACACUUCUGUGGAGCUACAUCUGGCUACCAGACCCCAUAACUUGAUUCAUUUAGCAUGUAGUCAUAACACGUAGUUGUGCUGGCACAACCAGGCAGCAGCGCCAGCUAUUUAAACUUCACUGCCAAAAGAAAUGCUUGUCACAUUACACCCACAAGGAAAUUAAGGGUGCAGUCAGAUGCAGUGGCUGAUCUGACGGCUCACUUCGCCGUAGGAGACAGUUCUGUUUCUCUGCUCUCAGCAAGGCGCUCCCAGAGCUGCCUUUCCUCUGAUGCUGGUGCUCCUCAGGUUCUUUGGUGAACUAAUUCAUGACACCAAACGUGAGCUAACUCAGCUCACCCAAGAGUCAUGUCUGGCUGGCACGAGGGAAAUAGGCGUUGCCCAGCCUGGGGAGACCUGCUGGGCCAGCGAGCUGUUAGACCACCACAGCCAAUUUUGUCGGGAUGACUCUAAGCUGUGGUUUUCUAUCUGAAAGUUGGGGCUUAUCGCUUCCUGCCCCCUCCUGAGGAACCUCCUCUGAACGCAGAGCUGUGGUGAAACAAGUUGUUUUUUCAGUUGUUUAACAGAUGAAAGUAGAUAGAGUGGAAUUAGCAUCAGAAACAGAGGGAGAACAAGAGCAGAUGUAGCUUUGCUUUCUUAUCCCUUGUUCGCUUAUCCCUUGUUCAUUUUAAAUUGUUUUAAAUUUCAUUUCUCCUUAAUUGGACACAUAAAAUGCUGUAUGCAGCCCUGCAUCGAUCUAGAAAUG